CCCGGGACCCCCGGGACCGUCCGGCCCUUCCCGCCUCUGCCUUUCACUGCCCGGCGAUUGGCCCUCGCAGGUGCCAAUCAUCCCCUGGGGGCGCUGAACGCCCCAAUCAGCAGCGCCGAGGUGUGAAUGGCGGGCGCCUAUUGGGCGGCGGUGGUGCCCGCCCAGCAGGGCUGCGUGAGGCCGGUGCGGUGAGGGGCGGCCGAGGGGCCGAGAACCGGCCCGGGACCGGCCGAGCCGGGGUAGUGACCGCAGAACGGCCCCGCACCGGCCCCGGGACCCGGCCCCAGCCCACCGCCGGAGCCCGCCCGGGGCAGGGGCUGUCCCAGCCCGGGGGUCCUUCCCCUGCAGCCCCCCGGGGCCGCGAUGUCGCGGGAGGAGCCUGAGGGUCCCGAGGCGGAGGCGGCGGCGGGCGGGAGCCUCUUCCCGGCCGAGCUGGGGGGGGACGGGCCCCGCGGCGAGGAGCAGGACAGGCCGUGCCCGGAGCCAGCGCUGGGUCCCCGCUCCUCGCUGUACUUCGCCUCGCUGGACGCCGCCGUGGAGGGGCUGCAGCAGCGGGUGCAGGACAUCCUCCGACGCCUCAACGGCGGCCGCGAAGAAGCGCACACGGAGCUGAGCGGCGUCAGGGACAGCCUGCUGCUGAAGGUCUCGGAGCUGACGGAGCAGCUGGAGGAGCGGCUCUUCCACGGCUACGGCUUCCACAACGGGCUGAUCCAGGAGAGGCUGCAGGCGCUCAGCGAGGUGUUGGAGCGCGUGGAGGGGGUGCAGGCGGAGCUGCGCCGCAUCUGCUGCACCGUGGAGGCGGUUUAUCAGGACCUCUGCCUGCAGCCCGAGGACUGAGGGCACCCCCAGACAGGAGCGGGACCCCCCAAACCCACGGGACCGUGGGGCUGUGCCGGGCCACAGGGGGAUUUUUGCCCCAAAGGGCUUUUCUCUUGCUGUUGCUGUCGGUGGUUGGAACAAAUAAAGGGCUGAAGCUGACCCAAAA